CGUCUUCUCAACGACAGAGACACCGCCACGAGGGUAGAAUCGUAUAUGCCAGUAAACGUUCGCUGCUGAAUAUUAAAAAGUGAGUUUGAACCCCGGGAAGGUUUUUCCCCGUUCUAUUCUAGAUUCUAGACUAGAAAAAUGUGGUGGAAUAGGUCGCAGCACGGCAGCAGCGCCUCUUAUUAGGCUGAAUGGUAAUCGUACGCCCGUACCAAGCCACUGCUAAUCAAGCAGGAGCGUUGAAGGAUGAUCAUGUGACGGCGUCUAGGGCACAGCCUUGCGGGUUACUUUCCUCCGUAUUCGAGCUGUGCACCGGGAAGCAUCGGCCUCGGGUAUCAUUACCAUGCGGUUGCGCAGAAGACCGGGAGCAGUGCUAUCGCGGCGACAGGGAAGGCGUCUGGGACCGGCUGUGGACAACCGGGUGGAAUCGAGGAGGAGGAGGAGGAGGGGGAGGAGUGGAAAAAGGGCGGGGAGGGGUAUUGGUGUACCCUGGGGCAACGUUCAGCAGCAGCACUCUUGUGCAAAAGGAAGGAGCUGACGGUGGCAGAGGGAUAGUGGGGGAUAAGGAGGGGGAUAAGGAGGGGGAGGACGAGGUUUUGCCGCCGCAGUCCCGACGACAACAGAAGCAGGGCGAGAAGGGCGCGAAAAAGUUGAGCCUCGGUGACUUAUUAUUCAAGGAGCAGAAACUUCCAGAGGACAGCGCAAAACCGGGCAAUCUGGCGCAGAGAAUAGGAAAAGCGAUCCGCCGACCAGGCGCAAUGUCCAAAGCACGUGUUUAUGCGGACGUCAACGUGAACAGACCGAAAGAAUACUGGGACUAUGAAUCCCUCAUAGUUCAGUGGGGUGAUCAGGAUGACUAUGAAGUUGUGCGCAAGGUUGGCCGCGGAAAGUACAGCGAAGUGUUCGAGGGUAUCAACGCUGACACGGGAGAGAAGUGUAUCAUCAAGAUUCUGAAGCCUGUGAAGAAGAAGAAGAUUAAACGUGAGAUCAAGAUAUUGCAGAAUCUUUGCGGAGGGCCCAACAUUAUCAAACUUCUCGACAUCGUCAGGGACCCACAGUCGAAGACACCAAGUCUUGUCUUUGAGUGUGUCAACAACACAGACUUCAAAGUCCUCUAUCCAACUCUUCUUGACUAUGACAUCCGAUACUACAUCCACGAGCUGCUGAAGGCGUUGGAUUUCUGCCACUCGCAAGGAAUCAUGCACAGGGAUGUGAAGCCGCACAAUGUGAUGAUUGACCAUGAACAGCGGAAGCUUCGGCUCAUUGACUGGGGUCUUGCUGAGUUCUACCAUCCAGCAAAGGAGUACAACGUCCGAGUAGCUUCCAGAUACUUCAAGGGACCGGAGCUUCUGGUGGACUUGCAAGACUAUGACUACUCGUUGGACAUGUGGAGCUUGGGCUGCAUGUUUGCCGGCAUGAUAUUCCGAAAAGAACCGUUCUUCUAUGGCCAUGACAAUUAUGAUCAGUUGGUGAAGAUUGCCAAGGUGCUUGGCACGGACGAGCUCAAUGCGUACCUGAACAAGUACCGGAUAGAGCUGGAUCCACACCUUGAGGCCAUGGUUGGCAGGCAUGUCAGGAAGGCGUGGUCAAAGUUCAUCAACAGCGAUAAUCAGCAUCUGGUAUCACCUGAGGCAAUUGAUUUUCUGGACAAGCUAUUGCGGUACGAUCACCAGGAGAGACUAACUGCAAAAGAAGCUAUGGCUCACCCGUACUUCUACCCAGUGAGGCAAGCGGAGGCGACAGCUAAUGCAAGGCUCUCCGAAAAGUGAUCACGGUUUAUUGAUCAGCCCAUGUGGAAGGCUUCUUGGAUCUAUGGACGUCUGUGCAGAUCUUCUUUGCAUAAGCAAACUCUGUUGUCGACAAUCUCCACUUUCUUGGCAUAGUCUCAUUUCCCGGUGUGGGCUUUCGCUGAGCUGCAGUGGUGAUAAUCCUUUCACCGUUGGAGGCUUGUAGUUGUGGUACCGAUUUCGAGGCGUAGUCUAAUUACCCAGUGCGGGCUUUCGUUGAGCUGCGGUGGUGCUAGUCCUUUCAACUUACCUUUGGAGGUUUAUAGGUGUGGUACAUUCAUUUUGGCGGUCUUAUGGACGUUGCUGCCCUGGUCUGGUGAAGAGCCUCUCUGUCCAUUCGUAACGGAUGCCAUUCAGGUUUCUUGCGUCUGUAGAUUCUGUGUUUUGGCUGGCUGCUCUACCCUACUAUCAGGCUCGUGGACUUUAGCGGAUUAACGUGGGGUGGUCUCCGUACGACUCUAGUGCCCGUCCAUCUUACGGCAGGCGGUUUAUCCCUUUCUGAGCCUGUGUCAGCUUGGGAGUUGCGGCCGCUGUGCACCUGCGGUUUCUUUAUGUUGAGUACACACAGUUCAGUUGGACUUGUCAGUUAGGGAUGACAUGAGUCUCAGUGCGAGAGUGUGUUAGGGUGCUGUGGUGUUGUAUCAGGGUUACAGGGGGAGAACCCUAUUUUCGGGAGGGUACAGCCCUUGUUUCGGGAGGGUACGUUUCGGAAGCAUAGCAUGCUGUGUUUUCAGAGCAUCAGCGUGCUGAAAGAACAGGUGGGUAAAAAACUGGAGGUCUAGUGGAAAGAUGUCCUCUCUUCCGCUGAGUUUGAGUGACCGGAUACUCACAUGUAACUGACAGGUGUACAUCGCAGGCAAAGCUUUCAGGUACGGGCGGUCGGUCAACCUCCUUACGUUCGGUUUCAGCGAGACCCCUCUCUAUGCUGUCUUUGUUACUGUGUUAUGACAAGUGAGAGGGAAGAAUCCGGAUACUCAUUUCGUGCUCGUUUCGUGUCAAAUUCUGCGGCGGAUCAAAUUUGCAGAAUGUUGUUUGUGCACUUAUCAGACGAGGCUAUGAAUUGAAAGGAGUCGUCAUUAUGAUCUUGCCCGACUCGUGAGUGAGCAAUGUGCUUUUUCAGUGGGUGACCCCCAGCGAGGGGUUUGAGUGUGGAGCUUAUUGACCUGAGGGGUAGUUCCGUGACACUGGAGGCAAGCGCCUGGGGCAUCUGGGCUUGUGCAAGCUUUUAUAUUCAUAUAUGCACUUGUCAUCUGAACUGUAGUGAAGCAGUGGGGCAGUCCAUGGAUGGAAAGGGCUCCUGUGGGGACGAGUUUGCAGGGAAGGGAGAUUUUGUCGUCCAUAGGCGGUGCAGGCCGCUGCGGAGCUGCACACCUGCCUAUGCGCAAUAGGGACUUCCUAUGGGUAUGGGUUUGAAGGGUGAUUUUGUCGUCCACAGGUGGUGCAGGCCACCGUGGAGCAGCACACCUGCCCAUGCCCAAUAGGGGGUUCCUAUGGGUAUGGGUUUGAAGGGUGAUUUUGUCGUCCACAGGUGGUGCAGGCCGCCGCGGAACGGCGCAGCUGCCUAUGCGCAAUAUGGGGCCGCCGUGGAACGGCACAACGGCCUAUGCGCAAUAGGGGGUUCUUAUGGGGGCGGGUUUGCAGGGUAAUGGUGAAGGCGGAAGGACGUGAUGGGUGAACGAGUUUAUGAGGGAGAUCGGAGAGCGAGGACAUGAGCAGUGAGUUGGUGCAGCAGUCCAUGCAUGGGAAGGGCUUCGUGUGGGAGAUCGGCGCCCAGAGGUGGGAAGGGUUACUGUUGUGAAGCGAAAGGAGAUGAUGGGCGAAUCGCUGCAGCAGCAUGUAGGUGAAAGGGUAGGUGUGUGCCUGCUUGUCAACUGACGUGGGGAAUUCGAUAUGGACGGACGACUUUGGGCAGUCUUUGGCGACUGGAACGGAGUGCCACAGAGACGUGGAUUGCACGUGGAUCACUGGGCUGUGUGCACCUGAGGCUAGCUUGAGUUGCCUCGGAGUAGCUGCAUCGUAAGAAAGGCUGGACACCUCGUUUCGUGCACGAUAUGAGUCUACUAUCAGCUGCGCUUUGUGAAUGAACCCAGCAGUGUCUGAGUUUGCAAGACACAAUGGCUUGGCUCUUGCACAAGGAUGAUGUUGUGGAAAGAGAGUUAUUCUCCCGGUAUACUUCUUUGCUUGCUUGGAAGGUCGGCAGCCUUAGCUACUGUUGCGUUAUGCUGUUGACUGAUGUACGCCCUUUUGUUGAAGUGGAACGGAGCACGAGUUGAAGUGGAACGGAGCACGAGUUGCUCUGUGUGAUAGUAAGAGGCGAAGCCUGACCAGGGCUACGGAUAUUGCUAUCAGGACAUGUUUGUUGGUCGGGCAUCUCUUGGCCUCGGCGAUCCGUUGGGUGCGCAGGUCUUUUGGCAGCGUCCACAUCGAUGACCUUAAGCUGUAUGUGCCCGCGUUUCUUUGCGUGAACACAGAGGGCUAAGCUACAUACGUGAAAUCGGCUGUGCGUCCAUUCAAAAUUAUAGCCUGUCUUUGCUGCAACUGUUGGAAGUUAACGUCGAUGGUCGAUGGUGAGGUGAGUGAGAGGGCCAGGGAUCCUGUUCGGUUAUGGGAGUGUGAGGUAACGUGCCUGCCUCCAAAGAGGUAAGGUGGUUCACGGAAGUUGAUCUUGGUUGUGUGUGUGACAUAUGAAGGAAGCAAGACAUUGAAAGGGGGAGCGGGCAGUCUGGUCGUGGCAUACACACUGUAGGUGUAAGGCUGUUCUUCGCUGUUUUCACAUCACGUAUGUCAUUGUGAAUUGUGUUGGCAUAUUAACUUUUAUGGUAUAAAAUAAUAUUUGAUGCUAAGAUGAAAUAAACUUGCAUUUCAUAACGAGUAUCGUUCGAACGAAUGGUUCACGCCAACCAAGACUUCCGAAGUGGAGGGUGGUGGUCAUCGUGUUUGUGGAGUUGUCACACACACUGCUGGUCCGUGCUGGAGGGUUUAUUACUGACGUCAUUUGAAUGUUUCACGAUAGCCUUGACAUCAAGACAUCAGGAUAUAUUUCAGAACAGUAGUGCACAGAGGACAGUGGACAGGGUUGAGUCAGUUGACGUGUGCUUCUGUUUUUUUUUUUUUUUUUCUUUUCUUUUUUGUGUGUUCCUUCCCCCCCCGCCGCCCUCGUUGUUGCUUUUUGUUUAAAGAAACAAGUUGCGGGGUUCAAACAGUAGUCCAGAGGUUUCAAUUUUUUCAAACUUGCUCACGAUGUCAAUGUGGUGCGCUGUGGUCAGCAGUGGGGUUCCCUCAGGGUCUUUAGAGGGUAUCGGUGGCGGUCAGCGUAUUUCGGACAGUUUUAUGCUAUGCAGAUUUUGUGUGUCGUGUACGGUUGAUGUCGGAGGGAAAAGGGACUGACCAAAUCUGGUGAAGAGUUCGGUGCCGAGUCUGCUGACUGGAUUUAGUUGCAAGAUUUGUGUGUAGGGACUGACACAUGCAGUGAAGUGAUGGGCAAAGGAGGUCGGAGCUUUGGGACGUAGAGAGAGUCUAUUAUGGAGAUAAGCGGGAGCUUAUUACAUGCAGGGAGCGACGGGCAAAGGAGGGCGGAGUGGAAAGGUGACUUUCGGGGUUGUCUCGACUUAGCAGUCGAUACCACUCGAUAGAAGAUAAGAUGGGACCCAGCAGGACUUGAAUUUGGAAUCGCAGGUUUCGUUUUUUGCAGGUAGAGAGCGAGGAAAACAACUGAGUUUCUUUUUUUUUUUUUUUUUUUUUUUCAUUUGGCGUGUCUUUUGCGUCUUGUUCCAUUUGAACCUUUGAAAUAUGAUGGAUGGAUGAUUACAGAUGCCAAGCUUGUUUGUGUAGUCGACUGAGUUAUAUUUGGAAGUGUGGAGUUGAUGAUGGAACGGAUAUGAUGCGCACAUAACUGCCUGUCGACUCGUCGUCAAUGCAGAGAAUUUACGGAAAGUUCGGAGUUCUCAGCUCAGUCGUCUUUUUAUGGGAGGGCCAUACGCUGGGCCGGGGGGAGGGACUCUGUAGCUGCUGCUAUUUAUUCGUUUUAAGGCAUGGAUGUGGCUCUCGUUUGAAAUGAAGUUCAAGUGGGCUU